GAUUACGAUCACGUGGCAUGGCUGAUGGUUUCAAGCCUGAAGAUCGAGGCUCCAAUCCAAGCCUCUUAACUUCCCGUCUUGCAUGACGUUUACUUUCUUGAGAUCUCAGGAACAACUCCAAAUCGAAGCUAAAGACGCGUGACGUCGGAGCUAGACGCGACAAUGGAAGUGCUGGAGGUAAGGAGAGUAGGUGAUCUUGUCUUUUCUUUGCAUAGUGAAGCUUUGGUGUGAAGUACUGUACAUUUGAAUGUUCAAUUCUUUCAAUUCUAGACUGCGAUCGAGCAGACUCUUCUUUGUGUAUACUAAACCCAGGAGCAUAACGAAUUGUUCGAGACAGAAAAUCUGCGACCAGCUUAGACCGAUUGCUCUUGUGCCAGCAUUGGGUAUGCCUCCCAAGCGUAAGAGGUCUUCAGUGGCCACAGACACUGUCUCUACCAGUGGCUUUCUGAACGAUACUCCGAUUUUACCACCAGGUGCUAUUCAACCGCCACCACCAAAGAGACAAGCAUCUCGAAGAAGCAAGGUCGAUACCAAUCCAGACCAUAAUGCAGAUAUAGUAGACGGAAAGACUGCUCUCAGAGCAAGUCCAGAUGCAGACGAGAAAGGAGAAGCUCUCGAUAUCAACAAGAUCGAGCUGACGACUCCUGCGAAGACAAAUGGUGUCAAGCGAGUUGCCAAAAAGGAAGAGAGCGAUUCUCCAUUGUCAGACAUCGAAGCACCAUCUCCAUCUUCAACACCAGCCAAGAAGCCCAAAAAGACACCGACUAAAAGCUCUCUAGCAGCCAAAAAGGGGUCGGAUGAGAUCAAAGCUUUCAAGGCCGAACAAGCUGCAAAGAAAGCUGUAGAAGUGAAAGUCAAGAAAGAAGAUGAUGGAGAUGAAUGGGACAAGAGAGUUGAUCCUGAUGGGGACGAUGAAGCGCCAGUCGAAGAUGUGGAUACAAUGAAGAAAGAGGCAGCCAGACCACCUCCUGUGAACAGUGACUAUCUUCCACUGCCUUGGAAAGGAAGACUAGGAUACGCUUGCCUCAAUACCUAUUUGCGCUUCAGUAACCCACCAGUUUUCACAUCACGAACCUGCCGUAUAGCCUCGAUACUCGAACAUCGUCAUCCCUUGAAAGAUCCAUCCCAGCCCGAACAUGCAACCAAAAACCGACCUGAUAAGACUCAACCAGCAUCGGUAUUACGCGGACAACGUUAUGUGGAGGAAUUAUGUCUCGCAAACGUCCGAGAUCUCCCCAAGAUGCUUCGAUGGAACCACAAGUACGGCAUAAAGUUCAUGCGUCUGAGCUCUGAAAUGUUUCCAUUUGCCAGCCACGCAGAAUAUGGCUAUAAGCUGGCUCCAUUUGCCAGUGCAGCUCUCGCUGAAGUUGGGAAAGUCGUAGCAGAGCUUGGUCACCGCGUCAGCACACACCCGGGACAAUUCACACAAUUGGGUUCACCUCGUAAAGAGGUGAUUGUGAAUGCGAUUCGAGAUCUAGAAUAUCAUGACGAGAUGCUCUCGCUUCUCAAGCUACCAGAGCAGUCAGAUCGUGAUGCAGUAAUGAUCUUGCAUAUGGGCGGCACGUUUGGCGACAAAGCUGCCACUCUAGAUCGUUUCAGAGAGAACUAUCGGGAUUUAUCGCCAUCAAUCAAACGGCGCCUUGUUCUCGAAAAUGACGACGUUUCCUGGUCUGUACAUGAUCUCCUUCCCGUUUGUGAAGAGCUCAACAUACCCCUCUGCCUCGAUUUCCAUCACCAUAAUAUCAUCUUCGACUCAACCCAACUUCGGGAAGGGACGCUGGAUAUCAUGUCUCUCUAUCCUCGAAUAAAGGCUACUUGGGAAAGGAAGAACAUUACGCAAAAGAUGCACUAUAGUGAGGGAUGUCCAGAAGCUAUUACAGGACGUCAACGAAGGAAGCAUAAUCCGAGACCCAUUACUCUGCCACCGUGUCCGAAUGACAUGGAUCUCAUGAUCGAGGCAAAAGACAAAGAGCAAGCCGUGUUCGAGCUAAUGAGGACAUUGAAAUUACCUGGUUGGGACACAUUCAACAACAUCAUUCCCUAUGAACGAGACGACGAUAACAAGCCACUGCCGAAGAAGGUAAAAAAGAAGAAGACAAAGAAACAGAUAGCUGCCGAAAUUGACGAGUUUGGAAAGGAGCUUAGUGAAGAAGAAGAAGCUGCUAAAGAGACCAUUCCAGAUGAAGAGGUAGGGAUGGGCGGAAAAGAGAAUCGAGUAUACUGGCCCGUUAGCAUGGAAGAGUGGCUAAGACCUAAGAGACGAGAAGUGAAGAAGAAAGGUGGCGAGGACGAAGCUGAGAUGUUUAAGAAUCCUACACCAGCGAACUUUGAGGCCAGGAAGAAAAUUACCGCAAAGAACAAGGCUCCACUUGAUGACGAGGUCAAGGAUAAGCUGGAAGAGGCAAAUAACCUAGCCGACGUGAAGGCUAUCAUAGAUGAGAUGAAAGCGAGACGGGCCGCUGAAGAAGAAGGAGAAGAUGACGGCGAGAAAUCAGCGAAGAAGACGAAGUCAACGCCAGCCAAAGAGAAGAAGGCCCCGGGAAGUGUCAAGAAAGCUACGCCGGCAAAGAAGAAGAAUGCGAAGAACGUUCCAACACCGAGUCUGUCGAACGUGGACGAGGAAGAGGAUGACGAGGAUUUGAGUAUGGUAGAUCUUUCAGAUGGAGAGGAAGAUGAACUUGAUAGAAAGAUCAUGGCUGCUGCGCCGACAAGCGUUUCGGGUAGGAGCAGUGUAAGAGCGAGGGGAAAGAAGAUGAGUUAUGCUGAGCCUGAUGUGGGCAGCGAUGAGGAGUGAGCGUUUCGGAAGGUCCGAAAAAUUGUACUUUUAGAACUUGGGAUAAAAGCAAUGUUGACGAAAGUGCUCUUGAGAC